AUGGAGUAUAUUCAAAAAGUAAACCCACGUUCUCAGAGUAGAAUUAGUGUGAGACAAUCAUCAUUUUUUCUUCUUCUUAACCCUCAAUCGCUCGUCAGGGAAAUAGGAUCCAAGAAAGAACUUGCAACGGGGGCAGUAAAUUUCAGUGUUAAUUCCUUGCAAAAUCAUGGAUUGGUUACCAUUUCUCUGGUUAAUUUUCUCAUGCAUGAACCUAACUCUAUUGGGAUUAAAUUUUUACGAGUUCUUAGGGUUCUCGGAUUUGGAGGCAGACUUUUUGAAUCCCUACGAAUUAUCGUCUCGUAUCAACUAUGUGAUUGUGCCCGAGUAUUUGUUGCAUGGCGCACUGUGCAUUCUCUUUCUCAUGACGGGGCAUUGGAUCAUGUUCCUGCUCUCGCUUCCCACUGCAUACUAUAAUCUCAAGCAGUAUCUAUCAAACAAACAUCUUGUCGAUGUCACUGAAGUCUUCAAAGUAGUCAGUACUGAGAAAAAGGCUCGUCUUAUAAAGCUGGGGUUUUACGUCAUCUUCUUUGGUCUAGUCAUUACAAGGCUUGCAUUGUCGGUUGUAAGCGCUGUAUUUGCUGACGAUGAGGAUAUUGUGGCUUGGUCGACCAUAUAUUGAACUUGUGUAAGCCAGCGUGUGGCUUCUUCCUGAUGAUGAUGGUGUGCCUUGGUCGAGAGUGAGACAACGCCAUUUGCAACCGAGUCUCUCAAUUUAAUAUAACAUGGUUAGCCUCUCUCUCUCUCUCUCUCUCUCUACCCAUAGAUUAGGACAAGAGCUGAUGUCUGAUCUGCUCAAUGGCUAGUAAAUUUGUUGGUCAUGACAUAUGUUUUUAAGUUGUGAUCAUUUGAGCCUUCUUUCUUCACAUGCAUUGUAAUUUGAUUGAAUUUUUCUUUUUUUGGUGUUUGUCUGCAUAAUGUACCUUGAUUAUAAUUGUUGAAUAGGAUGGCUAAUUUGUACUACUAGUAUUUUGUUUUAA